UCUCAAAACAGUCAAGACCUUGAACCUUUUUAUUUUUUCUGUUUUAUUUCGGUUUACAUGGCAAAGCUCAUCAUCUAUUUAUAAUGUCGAAUGCUUUAUUAUUGAGACUUUUUACUUCUGAAUAUUUUAAUGCUUGGAUCGCCAUUUCGUAUAUAUUUCGUUAUCCUGACAAUGUAGGAAUUCAACAUUAUCUUUGUACUCAACUUCGAAAGUUCCCCAUUGCAGAAAUCGAGUUUUUCUUGCCUCAGCUCAUGCAUCUUUUAAUUACUCGUCCUACUGAAUCGGUUGCACUAGAAUGUUAUAUCAUUGAUGCAUGCGAGAAAUCCACUCAUAUAGCUGUCAUGUGCCUGUGGUAUUUACAAGCAUAUAUGUCUGACUUAGGUAGUACACCAUCUCACCCGUCAUUUCAGCUAUGUAAACGAGUAUUUAAUCAAUGCCAGAGUAUUGUGUUUUCCGAAGAAGAACAAGGAUAUGCAACACAGCAAGUACGAGAAAACACAUUCCCGGCCCUAGUUGGUAUGGGAGCCUUACUAGCAGGUAUUGGACAACCCCUUGCUACAAAACCCGUAGGCAGUGUUGCCCUUGCACAAGGAAGAAAAGAGAGACCAUUUACUUUUCCCGACAUUAGCUUCCGCAAUUCGGCUGAUAUCAAACGAAAACAGUCAUUUCAAUCAGAUUCUCAACUACAAUCAAAUGUAUCCAUAUUGAGAGAGAAGCAUUUCACAGUAUCGCUAGAAGAUUUACAUCGAGGAAAAGCUUUUUCUGUAUCCAGAUAUUUAAAGCAGGCACAACAAAAGAUUAAUAAUACUGUCAGAUCUACUCUUGUAUCUCAUGAUUCUGAUAUCCCCACCCAAUUGUUAAAUGGCGGUGGUAUGGAUCCAGUUAAUAUGAAGGCAAUGGCGCAGUCCUCUGUGCCUACUCCAGUAGAUGAUGCUCUUGGUCAAAGCCCACCAAAAAGAUCGUAUUCAAUGGACUAUCUACCACAAACAGAAGAUGAUAUUGUUAACAGUAGUGAAUCUGAUGAUGACGAAAUUUACGCACUAGCAAAAUUAAGUCUGGAUGAUCGCCGCCAUCUACUCCGAUCAAAUUAUUUCCGUUCCGAAAUGCAAUUCUUAUUGGCUUUAGUGGAUAUCGCUACACGUCUUGUCAUUGUGCCAAAACGUGCGAGAUUAAGUGCCUUACAUGCCGAGUUAACUUUGCUGAACCAUAAUUUGCCUGCUGAAAUUUGUAUGCCUCUUUGGUGCCCGGCAACAGUAGACAGACCUUAUCAUCAUCGUAUCGUCAGAAUCAGUCCAACAGAUGCCGUUGUCUUAAAUUCGGCGGAAAGAGCACCGUAUCUAUUGAUGAUUGAAGUAUUGGAUGAUGAGCUUUCAUUAGAGAAUGGCUUUAAAUCAUCACUGAGCAAAAUCAAAAAACAAGGGCAUAGACAUUCCAGUGGAUCCAUGAUCUUAAAAAGGAAGGAGGUCGUUGAUGACAUUGGCGAUUUAGGCUCUCCAACCAGUAUCCGCAGUUUUGAUUUCCCGAGUUCGACUUCCUCCUCUACACUUGACACUGUUGAACAUGUGCAAGAAAAGGACGAGAAUUUAUUCAAUGCAGAGGAAUUUGCAGAGAAGAUGAAGACGGCUGCCAUCUUGUUAGCUCAGCUUCAAAAAGAUCAUCCUCAACAAGAAAAUACCGCCCUUCGUGUUAGUACAGAUGGAAUUCGACAAAAGAUUAUUGCGGAAAUGAUGGCUUUGGAAGACGAUCGUAUGGAGAAAAUGGCUUUGGAGGGUGUUGAUAGUGGUAUUGGAGGUGGAGGAGGCGAGGGAGCUGGUAACGAAGGUAAAUUAGACGACGAAUCUCGUGUUGCGAUGGUGGUCAAUAAGGAGGAUCCAAGUGCUGCUGUAUUUGCUGAGAAAUGGGAGACCAAGAAGGAGCGUAUUCGUGCUAGUUCACCUUACGGUCAUUUACCUAAUUGGCGUCUCAUUUCUGUUAUUGUCAAAAAUGGAGCCGACCUUCGUCAAGAACAGUUUGCUAUACAAUUAAUCCGCGAAAUGCAAAAGAUUUGGGAUGAUACCAAAGUGAAUGUUUGGGUUCAAUAUGUUCGUAUUUUAGUAACUUCGGAUGACUCUGGUUUGAUCGAGACGAUUAAAAACUCGAUAUCGAUUCAUUCGAUCAAAAAAGAAGCUUAUAUAAGAAAAUGGAACAAAGAAGGACAAGUAUUCACACUAUACGAUUAUUAUCAAAGACGAUGGGGCACGCCUUCAAGUUCCAGUUUUAAAAAAGCACAAGACGCAUUCAUGAGAAGCUUAGCUGGGUAUUCUAUUGCUUCUUACCUUAUGCAGAUCAAAGACAGACAUAACGGCAACCUUUUGAUUGAUGAUGCUGGUCAUAUUAUUCAUAUCGAUUUCGGAUUUAUCUUAUCCAAUUCUCCAGGAUCUGUUGGCUUUGAAAUGGCACCUUUUAAAUUACCACAAGAAUACAUUGAUAUAUUGGGUGGUGUCAAUAGUGAAAAGUUUGCUGAAUUCAAGGCCUUAACAAAAGCAACUUUCAUAGCUCUCAGGAAGCACAGCGAUAAUAUCUUGCUGUUAACAGAAAUGAUGUCCAAGGAUUCAAAAUUGCCUUGUUUUGUAAAUGGCCAGCAUGCUCUUGCCCAACUUCGCGAUAGAUUUCAACUGCAUUUAACGGAUCCACAAGUGGAAGCCUUUGUAGAGAAACUUAUCAUGAGCAGUUGCUGUAACGUUUUCACGAGACUGUAUGACACUUAUCAAUAUUAUUCGCAGGGUGUCUUGUAAAAACACAAAUAUAUAGCAUUCCAUUUCCCUUUAACUCCCUUCUCUACCUCCAACAUUAAUUCCUCUAAUAGAAAGCUCACAAGUGUAAAAAAAAUAAAGUAUUUGGUUCAGAUAAGAUCAAGUUAUGUCAACAAAUUUACAUUUUCUCCAACGUGAAAAGUAAUGUUCAGGACCUCUAUUUUUCAUCACGACAAAUACAUGUAAUUAUAUUUUACACGAGUACCUUUUAGGUUUAACAUUUUCGCAAGGUUUUUGUAAAACGUAAACACAAUCUACCCAAUUUUGUAAAAAGAAUAUACCAAUAUCACUAAUGAGCAAUGUCAUUUCAAAAUCCUCAGGUUUUAUCUUCACGAAUUAGUAAGAUAGGCCAUUUGUAGGUACAUCUUGUAAGUUUACAAAAGAAGGGAUGGUUUUCGCGAUCAAGAACACAAUAAAAAAUGUCGAACAACA